AUGGUGCUGGAGCAGUGUCUUGGGAAUCUGCUACAACUGGAGGAGACGGAGGGCUUGGAGGAGUUGGUGCUGGAGCUGGGGCAUGGAGCUGGGGCUGGUGGUAAGGUUAUCGGUGUAAGCGCCGGAGGCGGUGAAGCUGGUGCUGGUGGUGGAGAAGUUGGUGCAGGUGGUGAUGCCGGUGGGGGAGAGGCCGGUGCAGGUGGUGGUGAAGCUGGUGGUGGGGAGACGGUUGGAGCUGAAACGGGCGGGCUUGGUGGUGGUUGUGGAGGUGGAGUUGCUGGACUGAUUACUGGUGCAACCUUUGGAGCUGGUGGCGAUGAAGUUGGAGUAACUGCUGGUGGAGGUGUAGUCGGAGAUGCUGGUGGCGGAGUAGCUGAAACGGGCGGAACAAUAGUGGUUGGAGGUGAAGCAGUGGUGGUGGGAGGGGGAGUAGUGGUUGUUGGAGGUGAAGCAGUGGUUGUUGGAGGUGAAGCAGUGGUUGUUGGAGGCGGAGCAGUGGUGGUUGGAGGAGGAACAGUGGUUGUUGGAGGAGGACUACUAGUGGUGGGGGUUGCCGGUGAAGCGGCAGGUCCUUGUGCAUUGACAUUAAAGGGAGAGAUAAGAGCAAAAGCUAAUAGAAGAGACCAAAUGAUUGAACUUGAAUCCAUUGUGUUUUGA